AUGUCUGUGAACGUUGCAUGUGAAUCAGUAUCUGAUGUUUACUUUUUGAGUAGCUACCGACAUGUGUUCGAGCUUUUUAUUCUUGUCUUGAUGGCCACCUUUGGCUUGAGAUCUGUCAUCAGGUUAUUCAAAAGGUAUAAAGGGGAGUUUCUUCGAGCUGGUUUUGCUGGUGUUGAUAUGAACAAGCCUACUAAACCAACCCUUCCGGAAGCUCAAGGGGUUAUAUGUGGGGUCGUCUUUCUUUCUAUCAUGUUCCUGUUCAUUCCUGUACCGUUUUGGAAAUACCUUUUCGGUAAAGACAGUAGUCAACAAAUUGAAUCGUGCCCGCUUAAUAAAACGGAAGACCAACAGAUUAUCUUCAAAAGUCAGUUCAUUGAGUUCCUUGCUGGCCUUUUGUCAAUAUGCUGCAUGAUACUUCUGGGUUUUGCUGAUGAUGCACUCAACCUUCCAUGGAGACAUAAAAUUGUUUUUCCCUCUGUUGCAAGUCUACCAUUAUUAAUGGUUUACCUUGCCAACGAGGGAACAACUCGUAUUGUUGUUCCAGUAAUGUUCAGAAGUGUUUUCGGCAGUAGCGUGGACAUUGGCAUUUUAUAUUAUAUUUAUAUGGGUUUGUUGGCUGUAUUUUGUACGAAUUCCAUCAACAUCUACGCGGGAAUCAACGGUCUGGAAGUUGGUCAAUCAAUUGUUAUUGCUACAUCUCUAAUUUUGUUUAAUCUGAUUGAAAUUUUUAGUUAUCACUGGCGUGUUCAUCUGUUUUCCCUCUACUUUCUGAUUCCAUUUUGGGCCGUAUGUUGGGCUUUAUAUUGUGUGAACCGAUAUCCUGCAAGGGCAUUUGUCGGAGAUACUUUCUGUUAUUUUGCAGGGAUGACUUUUGCUGUGGUGGGUAUCUUGGGUCAUUUCAGCAAAACGUUGAUGUUAUUCUUUUUACCACAAAUAAUCAACUUUCUCUAUAGCACUCCUCAAUUAUUUGGUUUGAUUCCCUGUCCACGACAUCGAUUGCCUCGUUAUAAUAUUUCGGAUGGUCUAUUGCACCCCAGUCGCGUUCGUUUUCAUCCAAAAUCUUUAUCACGUGCUGGUCAGUUCGUUUUGAGUUUGUUUUCUCGAGUGGGUAUAAUUGAAUGCAAACUUUGUUCGGAUUGUAUGCCCAGUACUCAAGAGUUGAACAAGACUGAAAGCAUUGUUGCACAAUCAUCUUCUAUUCAUCAGUCUGCUGACAGUGAUCAGACAUUAGAAAAUCGAGGACCAAGAAGUAGCAGUCCUGUGCAUAUGAAGUCACCGACUGAAGAAAUAGUUGAAGUAGAUAAUCUAACUGUCAUUAACAUGAUGCUGCGUGUUUUAGGACCUAGAAAUGAACAGCAGGCCACAAAUAUCCUUCUCCUAUUCCAGAUCCUGUGUUCUUGUUUGGCAUUUAUUAUUCGUUAUCCACUUGCCUCGUUCUUCUAUGAUGUACCAACGAAUUAA